AUGAAUACCAUUCUCAACUCGCGGCAGGGGGAGGUGAAGACAAAGCUUCAGCAAUGGGCCAAGUCGUUUGCCACCCUGAAGAACGCUGAUUGCUGCAGCGCCAGCUGGGCCGCCUCCGACCCUAAGGAACAGGAUGUUUUCAUUGGAUUCAGCGAGGAUGUUUCGGCCACGGUCAUUUUGCAGUGCUCUCAGAGCAGCCUUCAGGGAAACUUUGUGUUCAAUGAAGAGCAAGUUCUAGGAGCUUGUAAAAGCAAAUUAAUUGAGUGUGCAACCCCUGAUUCCAUCCUGCGUCUCAAAUACUCCUCUCUGGAGGAUGCUAAGCAGAUCCAGGACCUGUACUUUGGGCAGAAGAAGCACAGUGGCCUGAUUGACAUCCUGAGAAAGUUGAUGAAAGACCAGUCAAAUGUGGAUGAGACCAAUGGGCUGUGCUUGCAGGUGUCUACACAUGCAAGACUCCUAAACCAGAGAGAGUUAGACAUGGUCACAAAGAAACUGAAUCUGCAAAACAGGAUCUGGUGUGUCUUUCUAAGUCAGUUUGAGACUGAACAUGCCUUCCGUCAGGAAAUUAGUAAGUUUUUCAGACGAUCACCAGAUGAGAAAUUGCUCCUUGUCCAGUUCAGCUUUGAUGAGCCACAGAGCAGCAAAAGGCUCCUGGCCUGUGCCAAGUAUUGUAUAGUAGAUGAGAGAAGAAAAUCACAAAGCCCAAGCUCAUCACACGUUGUCAUCAUAAGUAAAGUACCACGGAUACAGGGUGGGUCCGGCUACCUGGCAUUCAGUGGAGAUAAGUGGACUUCUCUCCAUCUGGAUGAACUUCUGCCUCCUGAACACUUUUCAGCCAGUUUAGGGCAGCUCUCCAAAAUUACUGUUGCUGAGGUUUUCACAAAGAGUACUAGGCAGGGUCUUCAUACAGAUGGUUCGACCAAGCCAGGAGGCACUGAAAGUGUCAGUCAUUCUCUGGAGGAAAGUGUGCAGUUGCUCGACGUUGAGUUCCUUAUUAAGCAAUGUGUUCAGAAAGCUGUGAUCCAGCUGGAGGACAAGAGGGACAACCAGAAGCGAGCCACCAUAAGGAUACAGAUCCUCUAUGAUGCACUAUUCCCGGCUCAGAAGAAAACUGCAUUUGCCAAUGAUUUUAUGGGAGUAUUGAAAAAGAGAAUUUGUCACCUUUUACAAGAACGUGAAGAGAGAAGUCUUAAGCCUAAAGAAUGGACCUUCCAUCAAGCAAUGUCUGGAAAGUUUAUACUUGAAGGCACUUCAUUCAGGCACACACUCUGGAUUUAUGUAGAAGAUAUUAUGGUAAAUGUGUUUGCCCAAAUUCUAGCAGUAAUUGAUGCAAACAACAAUCUGAACUGUAUCUCUCAAGAGACUCCACGGUCCAGCCUGUGGCUCCAGAUGUUCCAAGAUGAAUCAUUUCUGAAGAUUAAGUACACCAGCAAAGAGCCUGAUGCUAAGAUUGCUGUAUUAUCAAUGACUGAAGACCCAAACACGUAUGUGGCUUGCCAGUUCCCAUUCAGCUGGGUUUUGAAAGCUGUCUUGGAUGAGAUAUGGGAAACGGUCCAUCAGGCAAAAGGUUUUCCAAGGGACCCCACACCAGACUCUAUAGAGAUGUUUCAAAGCUCAACCCAGAAUGUGCCAAUGCCAGAUGGCGAUGACAUGGACAUGAUACAGUUUUACGCCAGUGAUUUUGUGAGGAUGGCUCUUCCUGGACAAGAUGUUGAGGUUUAUAAGGUUUUGUCAAAUGUCCUUAUAACUGGUGCAAAAAAACUCCACUCCUCUGUGGCAAGAAAUGAUCUAAAGUUUUCCUUGCUUUGGCUGCACGUUGAAUAUUUCUACUUACGAGACACUUAUCAAUUAUUCAUUGAUUUGGUAAAGAAUGAAGAGUCUAUAACUGGUGAGCUGCAAAAAAUGUACAGUGAGGACUCAACUAAAAUGUUCCUAUCUCUGGAUGCACUGAACACCAUCCUGCGACAACUGCAACCCACAGAGGAGACAUUUGGAUCAUUUGACAGCUGCCUUGCAUGGCUGAAAAGAAUCAAGUCCAUUAAGCAUGCUCUGAAUAGAGUCACAUCAGAUGAUUACCAAAUACGAUUGGAUAGAAAAAAGGGGGAACUAUUGAGUAGCAUAUUGCACCAAUGGGAUUGCACUAACAUCACCUACCUGCUCAUUGAUCACCUUCUGCAUGAUGAGACAAAGAUGGAUGAGAAGCUGCUGAAGACCAUUGUGAAGCAGUCUGUCUUCCUCUGGAAGAAUCUGUAUAAAACUGACGAUCUGAAACCAGAGAAGAUUUUUGAGGUUGUGACUAAAGUGCUGAAGAUAUGCAGCAGCAAUGCUGUCAAUGUUUACUUUGUAAAAGGUGUGGACAAGUGCAGAAGCUGCCAGAAGGAGAUCACCGACCCAGCCGAGUUGCCCUGUGAACACAUUUUCUGCACACAGUGCAUCUUGAGUUGGACUGACAAGCAGUGCAGGAUUUGUAAGAAGAACAUCCCCGAGGACUACACACCCACAGCCUCUCAGGUCACCAGGGAGGCAGUGGAAAAUUGUAACAAAUUCCGAAGGAAGUGCAACUCUUUCUUUCUGGAGUGUGUCAGCAGUUACUGCUUUGGGGGUAGAAACCCUCCACCUGCAAAGGUCAUUGAACAACUGAUCAAGUUUGUAGCCUGCAAGCCCUCAAACUCAGAACACACAGAGUCAACGUGUGUAUACAAACCCACAAGUGACCUGUCACCCUUUGAAGAGUGCAUGGACCCAAGUCCUACUGUCAAAUCCUCUCUUCUCAAAAUGUUGCUCCAAUGCAGAUUCGAUGAUGUUAAGACUCACCUUCAGGAAUACAUCUCCUUGAUGGAGGGAGUAAUAACCUCAAACCAAAGCAUCCGGGAUGACUUCUACUUCAUGGUGGUAUGCUGUUUUGAGGAUUUUAUGUACUCCUCCUUCCAAGAAGAUGCCAGCCAAGAGGCUGAGCAGUCCAUCACCAGUGCAGACCUGACCACUCCCAGCUGUACUGAAGCUACAGAAGUUGAUACCCUGCAGUUGAUCGCAAGGCUCCGACUGGCCAUCAGUCAUGUUGCAACUGUGCUUGGUACAGAGCUUCUGAAUGCUGCAGUUCCAACUACUGGGGUGAACCAUGAAGUUACAGAGAAACAACAUGCCCUUGUGAAUUCCAUGAAAAUAUUGGUGGAAAAUGCCCAAACACCAUGGCCCCAAAUAUUUCUAAUGAGGGCCCUUCUUAACAUCCAUGGGCUAAAAAUCAUGAAGAAGGUCCUUGAAAAAGAGCAAUGGAUUUUGCCAAGAGGAUGUGAAACUUCAAAGUGCAUGGACGUCAGGUCCAAUGAAGUCCUGAUGAUUUCAGCACUAGGCAGAGCAAAACACCAUCUUAAUAAUGCAAAAUCAGAAGCAGCCAAGCAUCUGACUUCUGUCAUGAAACAAAUGGAGAGCAUCCUAGAGGCACCAUUGCUCUCAGAGGAUCCCAUGGAAAGGCUGGAAAAGAUCAUGAAUGCUAUAAGAAGUCAUGGCAACUCUACCUAUCUGGAGGUGGUGUUCCACACUACUGUCAUACUAAGCCUGUCCCAGAGGCCCAUCACCCAAGUCUUCAGAUCCAUCUGCUUUGAGCCAAGUACAGUUAAGGACACAUAUCUUCCCACCAUGCCAGAUGACCGCUUCUCUGAUAUGAAGAACUGGAAAAUGGAUAACAUAAAGAGGAUAUGGAGUUGCAAGUGUGGACAGCUCUGGUGCAUUGAUAUGUGUGGAUUACCCAUGGAGGAGAAAACAUGUUCCUGUGGCCAUCCUGUUGGUGGGCUUAACCACAAACCUGUGGAAGGAUUUGUUGAAGUGAACAGAUCUAAGGAUAUAAUAGAGAGAGGAUACAUUCUGGAGAGUCCUGGCUCACGAAGCAUAGAAGGAGAGAGGGACUUGCCUCCAGCCUCGGUCUGCCUUGCAAGAGUGCUGCUCCAUUCUUCCAUGCUCCUGGGCACCUUUACAGAGCGCCAGUCGGUUUUGAAUCUAAUGAAAGAGAAGCCAGAAGUUGCAGAAGAAUUCUUUCAGGAACACCUUGAAAAGGACAUCACAUUCCUAGCAGAGUCACUUGGCAGAAAUAUAGAUGAUGCCACCAUCAUUGUCCACCUGUUUCUCAGAUAUCUUCUUGACAGCACAGAAGAUGAAGAAAUGACUGUUAAAUCUAUGCAUGAAAAGGAAGACAGAAAAAACUGGGAAAGCUGUUUUAAAACUCUUACUCACUCAAUUUUUCAGGGAUUGAAGGACAAACUUGCUUCUGCAAAGCAGGAGAUUGCAGAGGGAGCUCAUAGCUCCAGUAUUCUGAAAAUAGCCGAGGGACAGACCCUGCCCUUCAGUGACCUGUCAAGCACUGGGCUGAUCAACAAGCCCUGCAUUUGGCAAUUUGAACAGAAGAUGACAGUUCAACACCUGACGCAUCUGAUUCAACAGGAAAAUGGAACAAAUCAAUUCCCUGUGCUCCUGGAGAUUCUGUCAAAGCACCAGAACAUCCAAUAUAUGCAGCAUCUUCCUGAUGUCCUCAGCCUGCAACACACCUUAAUCCACUUCUACCAAAACUGCAACCAUGAAGAGGAACAGUUUUCUGUGAGAGAGUUCUUGGAGAAGCCUCAUAUCUCAGGUGAUCAACGCUUGUCUUUUGAAGGAGCUGUACACAUCAUUCAGAAAGUUUGGAGCAAUAUAAAAUUGAAUCCUGAAUCAUCUGCUGUCGAUGAAGCCCAAAAUAAAGAAAUUGGUACUGACACUGCCAUCCUGGACCUUCUCCCACACGAUCCGUCCAUCAGUUCCAUCGUUACAAAAUUCCUAAUAGAGCUACAGAACAGUUUCAUUGACACAGCAGCUCAGAUCAUGAAAGAAAAGCAAAGGUCUAUCUCAGCUGAAGAAGUGAGGGCAUCAUCUGUGAUAGCAGUUACCCCAGGUGAUGUGGUCACCAUGGCACUGUCAAACUUUCAGUAUGUGCUGGAGGAAAACGGGAUCAAGACCACCCAUUUCAACUUUCAAACUCUGCAGAGGCAAGCAAUAAACAGGUUCAUCAGUGGGAAACCCAUUAUAAAAGUGCAGACAGCUCCAUCCAUGCCGCCACGGAAUUUGAAGACACUGAAGUCCACCAAAGCCAAAGUUAAACAACAGCGACAUCAGGAACAGCUGAGUGUGAGUCAAAUGAAAAGCAUUAUGGAGACAGCUAGGUCCGUGAGUGACAUCUCCAGAGCACUGUCCACAUUAAAAGUAGCUGCUGAGUUCCUAGCUGUGACUGGAGGGGACCCAAAGCGCUCCUUGACUGACUAUGUCAGAAAUGAGCUGAGGAUGGCUGCAGAUGCAAAGCACUUCAAGGACCUACCAGUGGUGCCGCAAACACAGCUGAAGCACAUCCUGUCUCUGUGGCAAGUCCUGUCAGUGAGGAGAUCAGUGCUGCUUGUGCAGAUGAAUCAGAAUCCCUUUUUCCUGGUGGACAAGAGAUACCAAGAGGAGCUGGAGGUUACAGAGAGAGAGGAUCUAAAAAAGGCUUUAUCCACCAUCAGCAUUGAUUUCUUCAUCACUGACCUGCAUGAAAUGAUUGUGGUGACUUUAGCUGACUACGAACCGGAGUGGGAGAUAGUGGAGAUCUUCAGAGCAUAUUUAGAACAAGAGGAAAAAGAAGACAUGUAUAUUGAAAAUCUGAUCGGCUCUUUGAGCCCACACCUGCAGAUGAAGAAAGUCAUUUCAGUCUGGAAAACUGCUGUGCAGACCAGCAAAUUAUACGGCUCCAGCUACAAGCAAGAAUGAACUAUCCACUACCACUUUUCUCUAUUGUAGCAAUGUCAGGGCAUUUGCAAUGUCCUCA